AUGGAAGUCAACGAUGAGACAUUACGUCGAUUAGCGCAAUGCCUUCGCCAGACAUUGGAUCCCUCUGCGUCUGUGAGAAGACCAGAAUCCAAUGCUGGAUAUUCGCUGUUACUGCUACGCUUGGUGGAUAACAAUCAGUUAGAAAUGGAAGUUCGAAUUGCUGCUACCAUUGCAUUCAAGAACUUUAUUAAGAAAAAUUGGCGAAUUAUCGAAGAUGAACCAUCAAAGAUUAAUGACAACGAUAGACAGACAGUUAAAAGUCUAAUCGUAAAUCUGAUGCUAAGUUCACCCGAGAUGAUACAACGCCAGCUCAGUGAUACCAUUAGUAUCAUCGGCAGAGAGGAUUUUCCUGGUAACUGGCUUGGUUUGAUGCCGGAAAUAUUGGAAAAGAUUAAAAGCAAUAAUCUGAAUGUUAUCAAUGGAAUUUUACGGACAGCUCACUCAUUAUUCAAGCGAUAUCGACACGAAUUUAAGUCUAAUGAGCUCUUUGCUGAGAUAAAAUACGUAUUGGAUUCCUUCGCUGAGCCAUUAACAGUAUUAUUUCAGGCAAGUAUGGAGACCGUCAGAGGUAACGUGGAUGACCCAACUAUUCUGCAGCCCGUGUUCGAAUCAUUAACACUUAUGUGCAAAAUAUUUUAUAGUUUAAAUUAUCAGGAUAUACCGGAGUUUUUCGAAGACAAUAUGAAAACAUGGAUGGAUAGUUUUCUGUUUUUGCUGACGACCAGUUUUCCAAAAUUACAGACAAAAUCCGACGACAUUGCCGGACCUAUUGAAAUCGUUCGAUCUCAAAUUUGUGAUUCAGUUACUUUGUAUGCCCAAAAAUAUGAUGAAGAGUUUCAGAGCUAUUUACCGGCUUUUGUUACUGCCGUGUGGACACUACUUACCAACACUGGAAUGUUGGCGAAGUAUGAUUUGCUUGUCAGUAAUGCUAUCCAAUUCCUAACAAGUGUAUGCGAAAGAGAAAACUAUAAAGGACUAUUUCACGAAGAAUCACAUGGCAGUACUGCAGUUAAUGAACUAGUUAAUAUAGUUGACUUUUUUACAAGUCAAGUAAUGCCCGAAUUGGCAUCGACAGAUGAGUCCAAAAGUGUAUUGAAAGCCGAUUCCAUCAAAUUUAUUAUAACUUUUAGAGGCAUGUUGCCUCCUAAGUAUGUGAUCGAUUGUAUACCGAUUCUGGUAACUCACCUACUAAAUGAAAGCAUUGUCGUUCAUUCGUACGCGGCAUUUUGCAUCGAGAGAAUUUUUAUGAUUAAGAAUGCUAGCGGUGGAGACUUGAUUACAGUAAAUGAUGUACAAUCAAUCCUGCAGCAGUUAAUUACCAAUCUUUUUGGUACUUUAAGUAUAAGUGGGUCUGAGGAGAAUGAUUAUGUCAUGAAAGCGAUCAUGCGCGCCAUUUCAUUAGCGAAAGCUUCUAUCAUUCCACUAGUUCCAAGAAUUUUACCAUUGCUAACAGAGAAGCUACGAGUUGUUAGUAAGAAUCCACGACGACCACAAUUUAAUCAUUAUCUUUUUGAGACUAUCUGCUGUAUUAUUAGGUUGGUGUAUACAUGUAAAGAACAGAUCGACACUAUAGGAUCUUUUGAGGGUUCACUCUUACCAGUUUUCCAAGAAAUUUUACAGCAAGAUGUUUUGGAGUUUUUGCCGUACGUCUUUCAAGUGUUAUCUCUGCUUCUGGAGCUUAGGCAACCCCCUACUCCAGAUAUGUACUUGGGCUUAUUUAGCUGUUUAUUAAAUCCAGUGUUGUGGGAACGUCAAGGAAAUAUACCUGCUUUAGUGCGACUUUUACAAGCAUAUGUUAUGAAAUCUCCGGCAAAAAUUGCCACUGCUGAAAAUUCUCUAAAUGGUGUGCUUGGAGUCUUCCAGAAAUUAAUUGCCUCGAAAUCUAAUGACCAUCAUGGAUUUUACUUGUUGCAAAGCAUUUUAGAAUUUAUGCCUAAAGAUGUUGUUGAUAGAUAUAUGCAUCAAGUUUAUCUACUGUUAUUUCAGCGCUUGCAAAAAUCCAAGACUACAAAAUUUGUUAAAGGUUUUAUAGUAUUUUGCUGUUUAUGUCUCACAAAAGGCGUUGAUAGUCUGAUUGAAUUGGUCGAUUCCAUCCAGCCGAAGCUUUUUGGAAUGGUUAUAGAGAGAUUAUUCCUAUUAGAUCUUCAAAAAGUUGAUGGUGUAAUUGAACGUAAAAUAUGUGCUGUUGGAAUAUCUAAAUUACUUACGGAAUCUUCCAAGACUCUAUCGGAAGAUCAAUACCUUUCGUAUUGGCCUAAUCUUCUGCAAGCCUUAAUCAACUUCUUUGAAAUCCCAAGUGAUGAUACAUUGCCAGAUGAUGAACACUUCAUUGACGUAGAAGAUACUCCCGGUUAUCAGGUUGCAUUCUCUCAACUGAUCUUCGCUGGUAAGAACGACUACAAUCCAGUUUCCGAUAUCGGUAAUCCGAAGCAGUUUUUAGCUAUUGCUCUUAGUAGAUUAUCGAAUAAUCACCCAGGAAAGAUUAUCCAAUUAAUUAAUCAAAUGAAUGCAGAGGCUCAAAAAUUUCUUAAUAACUAUCUUCAAGCGUCUGGCGUAACAAUAAGCUAA